AUGUCUAACAAUCCCAGCACAUCCAAGUCAAAGGGAAGCAAGAAGCGCGCCCGGCCUCUACCGGCACAUGUCGUCGCACGCAACCUCGCCAUCGAGAAGCGCCGCCGGGGCGAACUGAAUGAAGAUUUCCUGAACCUAGCUCGCCUUGUACCCAGUCUGGCCCAUGUACGGCGCCUCUCAAAGGUGCUAAUUGUCAAUGAAAGCUGUCGGCAUCUCCGAAGACAGCGGGAUAUGUGCAUCUCUGCGGCCCGUGACAUGCAGGAUCUCCUGGCCGACAACAGCCGGCUGGUGGCUGAAGUUAACGCCCUGCGUGCACAAGUUGGGUGCGCGGGCAUAGCGCCUUGCGCCCCCCGAUCCAUCACAGAGCCCAUGACCCAGCUGAUGAGUGUCAAAGAUGAGGUCUACGGCAAAUUUCCCGCCGGAUUUGGAGACAAUUGGGCUUACCAGAGUCCGUCCUCCGGCAGUGAUGAAAACGAGUUCGACGAUCGGGGAAUGGAAAUACCACUCGAUGGCUUUCUCGAACUUCCUCCUCAUUAUGACCCACGGCAGUAUGCACACAACGAGCCUGUAGUACUGGGAAAUGACCUGUCUUGGAAUGGACUUCCUGCAGAAUAUCUGGAUAAUUCUUCGGAUCCAAGUUCGUCUAUCGUCUGUAUGACCGGAGCAUCUAUGUAUCCAGGAAUCACCUUUCCUGUCAGCCAUCCGCGCGACAAUAAUAACCCAUCAGAUGUGCCGGGCCAUCUUGAUAGUUCCGCAGUGGAUCCUAUACAUGCCUCUACUGGAAUUUGGACACCGGGCGUUGACAAUGGAUUAGACUGGUCGUUCGAAUUGAACACAGAGUCAUUCGAUAGUCAAUAUAGACAGGCUGUUUGCUAA